AAAAAUAAAUUUUCUGAAAAUGCACAAUAUACUUUUCAUACACAUUAUAAAUAGUUCCCUGCAGUUUCCAACAAAGACCCUUCAUCGGAGUGAGGACUUGCAGAGUAGGUGGAAAAAACUGCUUUCUUGACUCAAGAUAAACAGUAUGUUUAUUUAUUAGCCACAUGUCUCAUGGCUGAGCUUGAAUUAUUGACGAGUUGGUUUAUUUAUUAGGAUCCUCAAUCUGCUCUAGAAAUAAGAACAAAUCAGACAUUGAAAAUGAUUUUAUUUAAGCAGAUUUUUUUCUCUUUCCAUAUAGUUCAGAAUAAUGUGUUUAAAAAGCACACAUUCUAUAUUUUCCCAGUGUUUAAUAGUUAUUACAUGGUUGUUUGGUUUGUCGGCAGGGUGGGGGCACAGAUGCUGUACCCUCCCACUUCUUCACCAUCACGUUCUGGUGCACGUUUGGUUAAAUUACUCCGAAGUGUUUUUCUGUACAAACUCCUUUUUAUUUAUCAAAUCUGCGUGUUGUUUACGUAAGAAUAGCGUAUUUACUUUGGUUGUCAUGGCGACCCUGCAGCAAAGCCACAACCUCACCGGGCAGAGUCCCGGGCUGAGUCGGGCGGGUCACACAGCGGCGGCCGUUGUUCUCGGGUCCAUCCUGGUUCUGGGCUUCCUCGGUAACUUCCUGGUGCUCCUGGUGUUUUCCCGCUUCCCCGGGCUGCGGACCCCGGUCGGCCUGCUUCUCAUCAACAUCAGCAUCAGCGACAUGCUCGUCUGCCUCUUCGGGACUCCUCUCAGCUUCGCCGCCAGUCUGCGCGGGAGGUGGCUGACCGGGACCUACGGGUGCCGGUGGUAUGGUUUCUGCAAUGCGCUUUUUGGUGUGGUAUCUUUGGUGUCUCUCUCCUUGUUGUCCUUUGAGCGAUACUCUACUCUGGUCCACGGUUCCCACCUGAACUCCUCUCAGAACCACAGAGCCCAUCUCUCUGUAGCCAGCUCCUGGUUCUACUCACUGGUCUGGACUCUGCCACCUCUGCUGGGCUGGGGCAGUUAUGGACCAGAAGGUCCUGGUACCGUCUGCUCAGUCCAGUGGCGGCAUCGCUCCAUCACCGCUCGCUCCUACAUCAGCUGUUUGUUCAUCUUUUGCCUCCUUCUGCCGCUGCUGCUCAUGUUUUACUGCUACAGUAGGAUCCUGCUGGCUGUGCGGAGCGCAACGAGACAAGUGGGAAGAAACAACCUCUUCUCGGCUGAACGGAAUGAAGGCCGAGUCCUCCUGAUGGUGGUUGCCAUGGUGAUGGGCUACCUGUUGUGCUGGAUGCCUUACGGUGUCACGGCUAUGGUUGCCUCCUUUGGUCGACCAGGUUUGGUGACGCCUACUGCCAGCGUGGUCCCUUUGUUGCUCGCGAAGACCAGCACCGUUCUCAACCCCGUCGUCUACGUGCUGCUAAACAACCAAUUCUCCAGAUGUUUCCUCUACAUGAUCAGGUGCAGCUCAGAAGUUCCAACGUCUUCCAUCAACCUACCGAGUAGCGGGGAGGCGAGGCCACCCGACGUGCCCAGAGAGGAGGUGCAACCUGUCAUAGUGCUGGUGGCACACUUUAAAACUCAAGGAUAAAAACUGUAACGCACA